GCAUCAAAACGCUGAAGACAUCUUCCAGGGGAAGCCUCUAGUCUCUAGCAGUAUUUUCAGUCGUUUGUGUGUCGCCAUUAGCCACAAUUACAAGUCGGCUUAAAUCUGUCUUUAAUUUAAAAAUAGCGAUGUCAGAAAGCGGAUGUAUAUGAAUAUAAUUUUACAAUUAAAUGUUUAUCAGUUAUACGUUGUUUAAUGACACUAAGAAGAAGCUAAGGUUAAAUAAAGAUUUAGCUAGCUAGCGGCUAGCUAGCAAAGGUUAGCAAGGUGCUAACAGCUUGCUUGCUAAUAUUAGCAAAACUAGCUGCUUGUCCUAGCCAGCAAGCUAUUUUGGUAGUGGUGCUGCAGACCAGGCUGCCUAGGUUAACUUACUGUGUGGCUACGAUAUAACUUGUGUGAACUCGCGCAUUGUCAUUUAAUAAAAGGAACUGCAAUUUGGCGUGUGGGUGCACUUUUGAUAAAGUUGAUUAGUAGCUAGCUUGCUAGCUCAUUUUAGCUAGUUGGCUUGCUUGGCAAGUUUGUCAUCUCACAGAAGGUUAGGUUAGUCUGCAAGCCAAACCUAUUUAGCCAGCAAGCUAGCACCGUGGCCUGAAUAUCAAAUAAGCUUCACAGGGGAAUUGACAGUGUUGAAGAAAGUAAUACGUAGCUAGUAGGCGUUGUAGUUCUUGUAACUGUUUGGCAAAAUCGUGACCACUUCGUACACGAAUUUUAUUGACAGAGGAUUUAACGUUACUCCAAAUACCCAGAAGUCUUCUCGUUUCCGGCGGAGCUGGCUCGACACCGCUCAUCUUCAACUAAGUUCUCUGCCACCCACCUGUGGUGUGAGUGUGCAGGACUUGACUUGGACAUUUGGAUUUCGGAGUGGAGUUUGGACAAAGCGUGAUGUCAGAGGGAGAGGGAAAACCUGUGCAGGGCUCGGCCCUAGCAUCAGCGCUGGACGGCAAGUCAGAGUCCACGGCCUCUGCCCCUAGCGCUGGUCAGGGGGUGUCCUCGGUCUCGCCCCCCGUCUCCACGGUGAACCAGGGUCCACCUGCAGCUGCCACUGAAGACGAGGAAGAGGAGAGUGAGGAUGAGUCAGAGAUCUUGGAGGAGAGUCCCUGUGGCCGCUGGCAGAAGCGCAGGGAGGAGGUGAACCAGCGUAACGUCCCCGGUAUCGACAACGCAUACCUGGCCAUGGACACAGAGGAGGGCGUGGAGGUGGUGUGGAACGAGGUCAUGUUCUCCGAGCGAAAGAACUUCAAACUGCAGGAGGAGAAAGUGAAAGCUGUAUUUGACAACCUGAUCCAGCUGGAGCACCUGAACAUCGUGAAGUUCCACAAGUACUGGGCUGAUGUGAAGGAGAACCGAGCCCGGGUCAUCUUCAUCACAGAGUACAUGUCCUCAGGGAGCUUGAAGCAGUUCCUGAAGAAGACCAAGAAGAAUCACAAGACCAUGAACGAGAAGGCCUGGAAGCGGUGGUGCACCCAGAUCCUGUCUGCCCUCAGUUACCUGCACUCAUGUGACCCUCCCAUCAUCCAUGGCAACCUGACCUGCGACACCAUCUUCAUCCAACACAAUGGUCUCAUUAAGAUCGGAUCAGUGGCCCCAGACACCAUAAACAACCACGUGAAGACAUGUCGAGAGGAGCAGAAGAGCUUGCAUUUCUUUGCUCCAGAAUAUGGAGCGGUUGCCGACGUCACCACAGCUGUCGACAUCUAUUCCUUUGGAAUGUGCGCCUUAGAGAUGGCUGUGCUGGAGAUCCAAAGCAACGGAGAGUCGUCUUACGUCUCGCAAGAGGCCAUCAACAGUGCCAUUCAGUUCCUGGAGGACCCACUGCAAAGGGAGUUCAUCCAGAAGUGUCUGGAGGUGGACCCCUUUAAGAGGCCUACAGCGCGGGAGCUGCUGUUCCACCAGGCUCUGUUUGAGGUGCCUCUGCUAAAGCUGCUUGCAGCUCACUGCAUCGUCAGCCACCAACACAUGAUCCCCGAAAACGCGUUAGAGGAAAUGACCAAGAACAUGGACCCUAACCUGGUCAUUGUGGAGAAUCGGGGUGUCCAGUUAAAGCUUUCACAGUUUCCUGCUUUGGAACUAGAUAAGUUCCUGGAGGAUGUGAGGAAUGGCAUCUACCCCCUGACGGCGUUCGGGGUCCCCUGCCCUCAACAGCCCCAGCAGGAGACAGUCAAGUCUCCCAUCGUGCCGCCCUCGGUCAAGACCCCCACGCCUGAGCCUGCCGAGCUAGAGACCAGGAAGGUCCUGCAGAUGCAGUGCAAUAUUGAGCCAGUGGAUGAGGGCGCUAAGCACCAUUUGACCCUGCUGCUGAAACUGGAGGACAAGCUGAACAGGCAUUUAAGUUGUGACUUAUUACCAAAUGAGAAUGUGCAGGAGCUCGCCGUGGAGUUGGUUCAGCUUGGCUUCAUCAGUGAGGGGGAUCAGUUGCGUCUCGCCUCUGUGCUGGAAGAGGCCUUCAGUAAAUUCUACAGCCGCAAUGGCUCCCUCAACCCCGUCACCGUCUCCUCGUAGCAGAGGGGGGGUGUGAACGCACCACCCCACACCCACCCUCCAUGAGCCCCUCCCCAAGCCUCUCGCCGCCAACCUCCAGCCCACCCAGGAGGAAGGACACCGAGGCGCUCCAUCACAAAAAAAAAAGCUUUGCAAGGGGGGUUUCAGGGGUGGGGGAAGCCACUCUUAUUGUGCGAGUCCCCCCACCCCCUUGAGUGCAUGAACCCCCCCCCCCCCCCUUCUGCGGCUGUAGAUUGGGACAGGGAUGGAAGCCCUAGGAGUCAUACUAGGAGAGGGUUGGUGUUGGGAGUUUUCGGGUCCUUUUAUACGUUUGUUAUAUCUGUCAGUGUAGCUGUCCGCUUCUCUGUUUUAAAAGAAGAAAGCACCUCGAUUCUUAUUUAAAGUCAGUAUUACUUAUUGCAAUUUUUUUGGGGAAAUAUGUUUUUUUGACUUUUGGUAUCUGUGGUAUAGGUUUUUUUUUGGGGGGGGGGGGGGGGCUGUUAUUUCGAGGUGGGAUGUGUGCACCAUGCCAACCCUCUUAAUUCCCCUCUCUUGCUCUCCGUAUGUGCAUGGAGUCAAAUGCACCAAGUUGUGAUCAGUCUACAGUCAUCUUCUGCCACUUGUUAUCUACCUGAUUCUGCAAUCAGGAAUCAGUGUUAUCACAAGUUUUCUUUUCCCCACACACACUCUCUUCCACAACGCCCUAUAAGAAAGGCUUAAUUACCUUUUAUUUGGUGGGGGCAUACAAUUCCUGUGGUUGUAAUCAUGAUUUAUUCAAUUCAUCUGAGCCAAGAUUGAAAGGGAGGGGAGCAAAGAAAGAAUGCUGAGAGAAAUGUGGAUUAUUUAUCUAUGUACUUCUCAUUAGUGUUGAUUUUUGUUGUUUUUGUUUUCACUUUUUAGCACAGUGUGGCUGUUUUUGUAUUUGUUUUCUUUUUGGUUUUGGAAUGUAAAGCUUUCAGUUACCAUGGAACGUUUCGUCUUAAGUGCGGUUUAUGAGGAAAAGGGCACUAGACCUGACUUCCCCUGUACAGCAGGUCUUCUCUGUGUGACUUUUUUUUUUUUGUCGGCAAGUGUACACCUCUCGUGUUUCUGUGCCUUCUAAGAUGGAACAAAAAACCCAGUCACCACUAUCCUUUAUUUUACAUUCUUAACUGACUUAUCAGCAACCAUCUUGACAUUUGUGCAAAAAGGCUUCGGCAUCUUGAUGGCCUCUGUGUAGCCAUAUGUGAAAACCGAACAUUUGCUGUACAUAACAAACAUGCAUGCACAUAGUACACUUACCUUUGGUUUCACAGCUUGGUUUAAAGAAGAAAAAAAAAAAAAAUAGAUGAACACCACUUCCAGAUUGAAUUAGAGAAUGCCAGGUGCAACGUCUUAGUUAUUGCGUAGGGGAGGAGGCCUUUUGUUUGUUCUUGGUUCUUAGACAAAUAAAGGUGUUGGUUGGUGGGUUGCAAGUGUCAUGCAUGCCCCAGUCACUUACGUUAUGUAAUUAUCAUCAGCUGAUGUCUUUAAAGACUUCCGUAGUAACGUGCCGGCUGCUUAUGCUGCAAGACUCGAGACCUAUGGGCUCUCUGCUGGAAGAUCCAACUAGCUGCUAGUUUGCACUACUGUACUCUGUAAUUGUUGACUUUCAUCGGUUUUCGUUCUACAAGCCUUUGGGAACACUGCUUUAAAGGUAGUUUCUGGGACUUUCCUAUGGGUAUUACUGUUAAAUGGACUGAAAGAGAGGGUUACCUUCAAAUGAAAAUGAUAAUUUACUGUUCAUGUCAAUGAUCAUUUACAUGAAAUGUUUGCUGGUAGAAAUGAGUGGGGUGGAGUUGUCCUUUUUUUCUGUGGAAAGGAAAAGAAAUUGACUAGCAGAUUUGCCAGGCUAUUUGUCUCUACCUUACCAGUGGGAAGUGGUCAAGAUGUUUGGCCAAGACGGGGAGCAACAAAAACCUUCUAAAUGAUUCAUUUAAUAUGUUCAAAUUCUUCAAGUGGUUUUGUGAGGGGAACAGCUUGGAACAUAAACUAAUAUUUUCCUUAAAGAUUUUCCCCUCAGUUCAUGCUGUCAAACACUUUCUUUUCUGCCUGUGAGAAAUGAGCUGUGAAAUUGAGUUUUUGCUGAAAUAUUUCAUCCCAAUAAAACUCAGCUGAUCAUUGAUUCCACCACAUAAAAGCCAGUGAAGACUAUUUUGCCUGUGUGCUGUGGAAUGCUUGCCCAGGUUUUAAUAGUUUGUGGACAGAGAUGUGGCAAGUGUCCAUUGUCAUGUAAUGAAAAUGAGCUGCCUUGGCAUUCUACAACCUAAUCUCUUCCUCCAUUUUGUGGAAAACGCCACCAUGAAAGGUUUUAAAUAUCAGAAAAGUAGAUGUCAGUUUUCAUUUCUGGGGAGAAGUCUCUUUAAUGUGAAGGCAAAACAUACUAGGUGUUUUUAUUUUAUGAAAUGCAAUUGUCUAUCCUUUAAACCAAACGGCAUAAUAUUACUUUGUCAUUGAUGCAUAAGCUAACGGUUUCAUGCCACACAAAGAUGAAGGUUGCAGGCAGAGUUUCAAUCAAAACCCUCAUGGGUUUCUUCAAACCUGAAUGAACGUACACACAAGAUUGAUGAGAGCAUCCUGAAGAUCUGCAGUCACAUGUGAUCCGAUAGGUCAAGGAGCUCUUCAGAUUCCGGUUCUCUUAGCUGGUUUUUGGCAAUGUUCUAAGCACUGUUAAAGUAUGUCAACCUUGUGUAGAUCACGCUGGACAUAACUUCAAAACCGCCUUUGCAAAAGUUUCCUUUCUUUUUUUCUUCCUUUUUUUGAAUUAAUUUUUUUCUUGAAAUAAAUGUGACCAUUAUAGCACUUCCAUUA